CCAGUGUGUCUCAGGAGUAGAACAAGCACUGUACUGUAAACAUGGCAGCGACCAUGAAGGCAGUGUGUAUUUACGACAAGGGCGGGCCAGAGGUCCUCAAAUACGAAACCAAUGCAGCAAACCUAAAGUGGGGGACACUCAGGUUUUGUUCAAGUCGUCAGCUGCAGGCAUCAACCCAGUGGACGUGCUGAUGAGGCAAGGCAUGUUUCUGGACAACGCAGUGUUUCCCUACAUCCUCGGGUGGGACGCUGCUGGGGUUGUGGAGGCUGUAGGCAAGAGCGUGAAGAGGUUCAAGAAAGGUGACCGGGUGUACUGUGCUGGCAAUGUGUCCGGAGGGUAUGCGGAGUACGUGGUGUCGGAGGAGCGCCAGACUGGACAUCUCGGGGACAAGCUGACCUUUGCUCAGGGCGCCUCCGUGGGGGUCCCCUACUAUACAGCUUACAAUGCAAUAGUCUUCAAGGCUCAUGCCAAAAAAGGUGAAACAGUGCUUAUUCACGGAGCAAGUGGAGCUGUGGGACUUGCCGCAGUGCAGCAAUGCAAGUCCAUGGGGCUGCGAGUGCUGGGGACCGCAGGAACCCCGAAGGGUCUGGACCUGGUCAAGCGCUGCGGCGCCGAGGCCGUGUUUAACCACCGAGAGAAGGGCUACGCAGAAAAAAUCAAGGAAGCUACAAAAACAAGCGGGUUGAACAUCAUCCUUGAAAUGAAUGGCGGACUCAAUCUACAGCUCGACCUGGAGCUCAUUUCACUCAGGGGUCGCAUUGCGGUGAUUGGAACAAGACAAGAGGCCACCAUCAACCCUGAGUUGUUCCUAGCAAAGGAACCCAUCGUUCUUGGUGUGAGCUUGCCUCACUCCACCAAAGAAGAAUGGGAGGAAAUGACUGCGGCCAUAGAGGCGGGUAUCAAGAGCGGGUGGGUGCAGCCUGUCGUGGCGCGCGAGUACCCGUUAGCUGAGGCCAAGCAAGCACAGCUCGACAUCAUGGACAGCUCCAUGGGGGCAUCCGGGAACCUCGUUCUGAAGAUCUAGUGAUCGAGGUUUGAAAGAACUGUGAUAGUGAUAUCAGCACAGCAGGCCAUCUGAGAUGUGGAUGCUGUGCAUGCGAGUUAUUGUUCAAGCAGUGGACCCGGCUGGACUAAAAAUCUGAGAUGAUGGUAGAUAGAUAAUAAGGCGCACAAAAUAGCAGCCCGAACAAACGGUUACGAUGAACAAAUAAAUUAGUAUUGACUUUAUUUGAUGAUUCCAGAUGUGAACAAAAAUGCUAAAGGAACUAAAACUUCUUGAUUCGAUGACUAAA